AUGCCGAGAUUUGCGCGGGGCUUUGCCCGGUUCAUUCCGAUGAUCGGAUAUCACCAUGUGCUCAUGAUCAUUAUUGCCGUUACUAUUAUUCUUCUCUCGCUGUUACUGGCAGGAUGCUCGUCAUCAUCACCCCAGAUGCCCACAAUUUUCCUGAUCUCUAUGUACUAUGAGCGCUACGAUCCGGUCUUCGACCUCGCCCAAGUUAAUCCUCAGGUCGUGACAGCCACAGCCAAUAUUGUCGGAGGUGCCCAGCUGGAGGUUCGCGUGGGCUAUUUUGGCAUCUGUGUUCAACCGGACGGUGGGUCUUACAUCUGCAACAACAACGCAACCGCAUUAGCAGAGAUCUUGAACUUUGAUCAAGAUCCGCUGAACCUCGUCUGGGUUGCGUCAACGUUCAAAGAUGCGGUUGUCUUCCCGUACUUAAUAAUCAUCGCCAUCAUCCUUGCUUUCAUCUGUUUCAUUAUCCUCGCAACCUUUCCUGGCUGGCACGAGGAGGUUGACGCGAGCGGUUCCGAAGUCGAAGUGAAACCGUUCCCUUCCCGCCCCGUAUCGCAGGUGGCCCUGGCCCUGAUCUUCGUGGCCGCAGUGUUCGUGCUAGUAUCAGUGCUAUGGCAACAUACAGCCUCUGUUGGAGCAAGCACAAUAGUGCAAGACCUAGGGAAUGGAAGUGUCAAGAGCGGCGUCGGAACUUCCGCCAUGGUUUUGGGUUGGUUCGGAUUCGCCCUGCUGGUGGUCGUGACAAUCGGACUGCUAGUCAUGAUUCUGAAUUUGCGGAUGUUAAGACAACUGACGGACGAAGAGCCCUAA